UCACAGCUGAUUUUGUGAUUUUCAGUUCCGUGUGAAAAUGGAAUUUAUUUUAAGGAAAAUUUAGAUAUUAUUAGCCGGAUAUCAUCAAAAUUGGUCUGACAGUGCCGUAAUAUAAUCUACAACCAUGGAUUUCUUCACCGAGGUGAUCGGAGAGACGGUGAUUCUUGGUUUGGAUUCGCUUAUCCUCGGCUUCUGUGUGAAGCAGUUGAGCAAAUGCAAGCAUAUAUUAAAUGCUUUACAGACGGCACCAGUGCUGGACAUAGAUUCAUCGCUCAGCAGAGAAAUCAGCAAGUACCCCAACAACACCAUCCCGUAUGUGGUGAUCCGGGGCUUGGUGAAGCCCCUCGGGAACCCCAUUGUUAGCAACUACAACAACUCCGUCACUGGCGUUGUACAAAGGCUAACGAUAAAGGAGCAUGUGAUAGCGCGCACAUCUGCCGGCUUCUGGUCGGACCAGACGCGCACCAUCCAUGAGGUGUGCAACUCCUGUCCCUUCGUACUGAGCAAUGGCAAGUUCAGCAUUGAAGUGGUGGAUGCGCUCGCGGCAGAGUUACUUGACAUGGACGUGAUCUCCGACAAGUUCGAGCCCAUGUCCCCCGGCGUCAUCGACCACGUGUGGGGCUUCUUCUCCGGCGUGAGGCAACGCGGGCUCCAAUCCAUGGAGGAGAUGCUUCGAGACGGCUCCUUUAUAACUGCUGUGGGGGAACUUAGUGGUCCGCCAGGGGCAUUGAAGAUACAGCCACCGAGAGAUGGCCUACCAUUGUACCUCACAACUGCUACGAAGUCAAGUUUGCUCAAGAGAUUGGCGAGCUCAAGAGAUUUCCUAAGAGUACUGGUGGUCCUCUUCGGCACAGUAGCAGUGCUAGCGGGGUCCCGCAUCGCGUACAAGUACAUGUCGCGGCGGCGGCGCAAGGCGCGCGAGAGCGAGGUGAAGAAGCAGCUCGCGGCCGGCCGCCGCGAGCGCCGCGCGCGCGCCCGCGACCGCGACCUCAGCGAGGCGCAGCUCUGCGUGGUGUGCGCCGAGAACCCUAAGGAGAUAAUCCUGCUACCCUGCGGCCACGUGUGCCUCUGCGAGGACUGUUCAGACAACAUCACAGAGCAGUGCCCGAUCUGCCGGGAGCGGAUAGAAUCACGCGCCCCGGCCUUCAUCACGUAGGGGCUGAUUGAUACAGCUGGGGCAGGUUGAGACAACGGGGCGAAUCGAUACAGCGGGACAGGUUGAGACAACAGGAAAAGUUGAAACAGUGACUUAAUUGUGACAGGACAGUGAUAAUGGUUUUUAAUCAUUAGCCUCUGGACAAUAGUGAAAAUUAGACGCUCGUUAAUUGCUUUUAUUUGGUGCACUCUCUGCAAUACUGGUGCUGUAGGCAACAGUUGAAGUAAAAACGUGCCAUUUCUUACAUAGGAGUCAUUUUACUAGGUUAGCUGGCUGGUCUACCUAAGUAAUAUUUAUUAUUUAAGCUGUUUCCACAACUACAGUUAUCUUAUUUAUUAGCCAAAUAGAGUUAGGCUACGUUCACACGGCGUAAUUUUUCCCGUAUACCGUACACGAGAUUUUAUCGAAUAUCGUAGUGACAGCAAAAUUUGUAUGGCAACCUGAAAAUCGUUCACACGGCGCCUAUACGAGAAAAUCUCGUAUUCGAGACAUAUUUUUUACCGUAUACCGUAGGGUCUUGCCACCGGGAACGCGAGAUUCUCGAAAAGAUUUUAUCGAAUGCGAUACUCAGUGGCGCUUACGUUUACGUUGAGUCGUUCACACGGACAAAUGGUUUCUCGUAUACGAGACGCGCACGGGGGCGCAAAUCUCUUGCAAAUAUGGCUUCCGCCCACUAGCUGCCCAAUUUUAUUUUAUUUUACUAUUUUAUUUAUACAAGUUUAUACAUGAUUUAAUAUUGUCGAUUACUAAAAUAAAACAACGUGAUAUUCAGAAGACAUCAGUUUUAUUUGACCACAAGAUCUUCAACACGUGACGACCACUGCGCCAGAGUCUGUUUAACAGGUAAUAAUAAUAAAUAAACAUAUAAGAAAUAAAAUACGGGGAUCCAUGUCGGCGUGCACUCAACGACUGGUGGUGUGGCGGCAGCUAAAUUGCAUCGAAUAGACGCCGUGUGAGCGACUAUCACGUAUACGGGAAUACCGUAUACGAAAAAAAAACCGAAUGGAUCUUGCGCCGUGUGAACAGACGUCCCGUAUACGAUAAAACCGUAUGCGAGAAAAUAUCGAAUCGAAUAGUCGCCGUGUGAACGUAGCCUUACAGUUUACCUUAGCCAGUUACUAUGUCAUAGUUCAAUAAAAUAUUUUUAUUUUUAUGAUGAAUGUAACUGAUUUGUAUUAUUUAUGAAAUAUUGUUUACAUAACUCAAGGCUUCACUGUAGGUACGCCCCGAAUUGUACAAUAUAUGAAUAUAGUUAACUAAUUCUAGGUUAUGUUUGUAAUAGAGCUGAGCGUAUUUUGUGCUAAGUUGAUAGGGUGUGUACGUAAAUUAAUAAACGUUUUAUAUUAA